AUGAGCUCAGAUCACGUCCGAGGGCUGGCGCGAAAGCGCGACGACAUCACGUACCGAAUGUACCGAAUCUACGUGUCCGUGUGUGCGUGUGUGUAUGUGUGCGUGUGUAUGUCAUGGCAACCGACUCGGCUCGGCCCUCGAGGCAGCCGAGUCUGCAGCGGCCGAGCCUUGAGCGGGAUCAGAGCGGCCCAAUCGCCACAUGAUUGUGAAGAAAUCAGUCUCUCUCUCUAUCUAUCUCUCUCUCUCUCUGUGGAGGUCUGUUUCGCUCACUCCUCCUCAGUCCGGCCAUCUCAACGCAUUGUCUGUCUGUCCGUCUUGAUGAUGUCUACCCAAACG